AUGAAAAAAGGACUGAAGUUGGAGAAAACGAGGCAAAGGUCAAAGACAAAGGAAAAGCUGGAGAUCGAUAACAAUGGAUACGAUUGGCUGGCGAGAGAGAGCAUUUCGUUCAGGUUGUCGGAGGCUCAACCGGCGGCUGGAGCACCAGACCGUGCGCCGAUUGCCUCAGGCGACGCGUCGAAACACCACGCGCUCCGGCGAGACCUCGACCGCGCGAUUUCGGUCCAAACAGGCUUCUCCGGCAUCUCUCCCAAAGUGUGUGCCCAUGUGUGCUUUGCGUGCCGUAAGAACACCCGUAAGAAGAAGCUUAGACACAUCUCUCGACAUUUCAACUAUUUCUUUCUGAGCUACGUACCUGACGCGUCGGAGCGUGUGGCGGAGAGACCAACUGAUACUUUCGUCGAGUCGAUCUUCUGGAAAAAAAAGAUUUGUUUUCAAAAAAGUUUUAAAUUUCUUUCGAAAAAGUAUGAACACAAUUACAUCACCUUAUAGAGCUUUUUGAUUGCAAUCCACACAAAUUACUUUGAAGAGAAACCGCUUUUUGUUUUUAAAAAAAAAAUUCUAAAUUGUUUUUUUGUCAGCCUAAAAUAGAGAUAGGAAUUCUCAUUUUUCGUGAGCACAUGAUGCUAAAAAAAGGCGUAACAGAAAGUUUCAAAAAUUAUUGAGCUUAUUUUUCUUUUUUUAUGAAAAAAAUCCUCAUGACUGGUAACGGUCUUAUUCUUUCCUCUCAGUAAAUGAUAAAAGAUAGAUGAGCACUUUAACAUGAGAGCGACGAGGAUGAGAAAAGGAGCCACACUAUUUCAAGGUGCGGCGAAAAAAGUACAGCAUCAUCGAGAUUGCAGAAAAACGGGCAGCAAAAAAGAAAAGAAUGAGGACAAAAUUUGGAAACGAUGAUGGAGAAGGCGAUUCGAAUAAACGGGAAUGAUCGGCUCUGAGCCAUAUCUGACAAGGCAAGGCAACGCGUGGCGAGUACCGGAAAAUGGUCUUUUUGUCGGCCUUUUGACAGUCUCGAUACUUCCUUGUUUGUUUUCUAUGUGUUCACUUGCGCAUAACAAACCAAUCCGUAUCCACUGUUUGUCAGGCGAAAGUGAUACUAGAAAAAGAAAUGAAAAUUAAAGAAGUCCUGAUUUCAUGGUUCAAAAUAUGGAGAAAAAUUUCGGUUUUCACUCAAAUUUCGAAAGCUGAACCCCAAGGGCAUAACAGAACAACAACUGACCGGAAACAUGACUAGUUAGAUGAAAUCAUAUAGAAGAGCGACUAGAAAUUAAGAAUAAUAUAACAAUGCUUGUUUUAUUCACAAGGCCCUUCUGACAAGGGGAAAUAGUCUUUGAAAAAUAGAGAGAUGGUACAAAAAAAAACUGAGGUAAAUGAACUGUAAAAUCCGAUUUUUUAGCACCCCAACGAGUUCACUUUUCGGGACUAGUUUUACAUGUUAAGUUAAGUGAUUGAGAAAAGAAAAUUCCUGAAAGAUUCUGGGCGGCAAGUUUGCGAACAAUUCGUUGCUGUCGAGCGAGUCGAGGAUCGUUCUGAAGCUUGUCGGCAAAACUUCGAGAUCAUAUCUAGAGCAGAGUCAAUUCCAAAUUGUAAUGACCUAGCUAAGAGCUUCGAAAUAUGAGAACCCGUCUGAACAAGCCGAAGAAACCGAAGAAGCUGUCGAGGCGAACGAGAAGAAUUACUGAUUCAUGUUCAGUUUGAAUUUGAAAUCAGCAAUCCAAAUAGAAAAGCAUCAGACGAAGCUUUUGAAGACAUGAGCAAUUCAUUGCAAACGCUGCAAAAAAGUGUUCAAAAAAUUAGGAGAAAGACGAUACAUUGGGUUGGUUGCCGCGGUUAGAAUAGAACAAAAAUAGCGCUGAACCGCAAUGAAAGCAUAUUUGGACGGCGGAGUUGCGAAAGGCGAAUCGUGCAGUUGUGACCGUUUGCGCAGCUUUGAAGUGUGCUCAUAGCAUAUGAUAGGGUUCGCAGAUGAAGUGGCGUUAGAUGAAAGUAGCCGCCAAAUUUCUUCACAGAAGGCCUUCUCGUGGGUUAAGUUUCGAGACAAAAGAAGUGAUUCCCGACUGA